AUGCCUAGGCCCUCAGUUGCUGUCGAUUUUAUACUCUUUACGUGGAAACAUACUCCAUUAUUAUUAUUAUUAUCAUUAUUAUUGUUAUUAUUAUUAUUAUUAUUAUUAUUAUUAUUAUUAUUAUUAUUAUUAUUAUUAUUAUUAUUAUUAUUAUUAUUAUUAUUAUUAUUAUUAUUAUUAUUAUUAUUAUUAUUAUUAUUAUUAUUAUUAUUAUUAUUAUUAUUAUUAUUAUUAUUAUUAUUAUUAUUAUUAUUAUUAUUAUUAUUAUUAUUAUUAUUAUUAUUAUUAUUAUUAUUAUUAUUAUUAUUAUUAUUAUUAUUAUUAUUAUUAUUAUUAUUAUUAAUUCCGUAA